AACAGGUUCCGGUUCCGAUUCUGGCUCCCGCUCCUGGAAUUUAUAUACGUACCCUGUUAGGCUGUUAUGCUCACGGCUCACCCUACCCCUACAUUUAAAUACGUCGAUCGAGAAGCAAAAAAGUACAGUAGGUAAAAGGGUUUGCAAAUACACUCUGGUUUUCUCACGCUAUCAGCAGACAGCAGCCAUGGAAGUGCAAAAUCGCAACGUUAGAACAAGGGUAGAUAGGCUCACCAGUUUACCUUAUGAUUUGUUGAUUAAGAUUCUUUCUCUGCUUCCUACCAAGGAUGUAGCUUCUCUGUCUGUCAUCUCUAAACGAAUAAGGCGGAUUUUCCCUUUAAUUACAACCCUCGAUUUCGACAGUUUACCUGCAUCACAUCGUUUUAAAGCAUUGAAACACCCAUAUGCAAUUCAGCGUUUGCCCGCUUUUGUCACCUUUGUCAAUAAUGUCCUCCAACAAUAUCGUUCUCAGCAUCUCAAAAGGUUUAGACUUCAUAUCAGCAGAGCAGACCGUAUCACCACCCCGUACUCUAAUGGUUGUCGCCAUCUCCUUGACUUGGAGUUCACACAUCUUGAAAAAUGGAUCUCUUUUCCAUUGACCUUUUCUGGCCUUAGGGAGCUGGACCUCUGCAUUCUGGUGAAGAAACCAGAUGAAGCUCAGUUGCCCCCGGCUAUAUUCACAUGUGAAACAUUGGAGGUGUUGAAGCUUCAGGUUAACAUUGGUCUUGAUCAAGUAAUCACUAUGCCAGUUUAUCGACUUCCAAACUUGAAACAACUACUCUUGCUCACUUCGUUCAUUCCUGAUGAUGACCUUCUGCCCAGGCUAGUUUCAAGCUGCCCCUCACUUGAAGACCUCACAUUUCAAGCCUUACCAAACCAUACCCUCAAAAAAAUUAUCUAUCCAACUUCCCUUCGGAGAUUGUGUAUGUAUAUGAAUAGACUUGAGAGUAUUGCGAGUGAUAACAAUGACUUGGUGCAUUUCAGCUAUCCUGAUUCGGAGUGUCUUGAAUUCAUGGAUAAUUCAAGAUGCAUGUGCUCAAUCCCCAAGAUUCCUAGUUUUGUUAAAGAAGCACUAACCUUUCCUGAGAUCUUAUUAUAUGAGGAAAUUCAGUUUUCUUGUAAGCAGAUAAGUACCCUCCUCAAACCCUUGUCUUAUGUUCAACAUUUGUCUUUGCUUGGCUGGUUCUUUCUGGGUUUUGACUGUGAAAACGAAAAGGUCCUAAUGGAUCAACUGCCUGUGUUUCAUAAUCUGAAGCAUCUGGAGCUGUCUUUUUGUGGUGAAAAUCACUGCUGGGAUAAGUUUUUGCAGCCACUUCUUUUUCAUUCGCCUGUCUUAGAAACACUUGUUUUGCCAUGGGGGCUUAUGAGUUCUGAUCCUCGUCAAUGCUUCGCAUACCCUGGAUAUAGAAGCAAGUUACAGGAGUUAAAACUAGAGUGUUUCAGAGCUGCUAGCGCAAUUCCUUCAUGUUGCAGGUAUCAUCUUAAAAGAAUAGUGAUAAAAGAGUACUAUGGGUCAUUUAACCGGGAAGUAGAAAUAACCAAGUAUUUCCUAAGACAAGCAUUAGUUUUGGAGGAAUUGGUCAUAUUUCGAGCCCAAAAAUCUAGGAUUCCAUUUCCAGAUAAGAGGUCGAUUGAGACUACAUUAAAGAAUUAUCCAAGAGCCUCAUCCACUUGCUCAAUUCAAGUAUUGUGAUCACCAUGAAUCCGUGAUAGUGUACAUGGUUCGACGAUUGUGAUCUAGUAGCAAGUAAUCUGUUUAGGACAAUUACUUGUAAUGGGAAAACAAAACGCGAAAUUCAGUAGUCUACUGUCGAGUUUUAGUUGCAGUACAGUGAUCUUAAUUACAGAGUAUUAUCAAUGGGAAAACCUCUCUGGCUGGUCUACUGCUUCUAAAUUAGGAGAAAUGAUUAUGUCAUGCCUGCGUUAUGAAGAUGUCACUAAGUUGAAUCUUAGUUUUCAAGUACACAAUUUACAGUUUAUACUAUUUUGACUUCAUAAUUGAGAAGGGGGUAGAAGUUAAGGUUGGUAGCAUCUUGCUUAUACCUUCGAUUUUUUUUAGUUACAACUUUGGAAAAUUUUA